CCAUAUUGAAUUUCAUAUUGACAGUUGUUCCAAAGAUUUUGCUUCCGAGGCACAAGAAAGUGAAAGGUAUUGGUGGAAUAAUCUGCGAUUUCAGGACAUUUGUCCUUAACCUUUAAUGGUUGUGUUUCAACCAAGACAUGGACGAAGAUGAACGACAGCGGAAACUAGAUGCUGGAAGAGCAAAGCUUGCUAGCUUCCGACAGAAAAGGGCGAAAGGCGACGGUCAAGUCGCGCAGAAAAAGACGCAGAAGAGGAAGGGCCCGUCUCCAACGCAGAAUGACGGCCCAGCGCAAGGUCGCCCCCUAGGGAUGGACCUCCAGACAGACGCCAACGCCACACAGCAGGACUGCAUGUGUAACAAUGAGGAACCACAAUGUUUUGGGGAGAUGGAUCAGAGCCAUCUUCCAGAGGUCCAGUGGAGCCAGGGGCACUUGGAGCAACACCAUCCCCAGGAGGGAAGCAGUGUCCCGGGGAGGCAGGCGGUCAGUGGGCAUCCUGAGGAGAUAGCGGUUGUGGGAGAGGAGGUCCUAGUGGUUCGCACUGGAAAAGAUCAGCUCAAGCAGUUACAGGCCGCAGUAGAGAAGCGUAAUGAGAUCAUCAGCAGACUGAGCUGUAACCUGCAGGAGGCGCUGGAGAGCAGAGACAAGGAACAGCAGGAGGCCUUCUCCCUCACUGGACAGAUACAGGCCCUGAAGAUGCAGCUACAGCAGACCUCUCAGUUCUUUCCCUCCAGGACCCAGUGGGGCUCAGAGCUCUCCCUAGCCCAGCGGCAGGCCUCCCGGCCUGGCCACAGCUCCCACGACCUUCCCUCACUCCCCAACCACCUGGAGUUCUCAGUAACAGAACCAGGGAACCAAAUACGCACACUCCGAAUGGAACAUGAACAGACUGGAGCUGGGUGUGAGAGCCCAGAACAAUAUAUUGAUCCUGAGAUGGAUGUACUGAUACACACAUUGAGGAGAGAGCUGCUAGAGGAGAGGGAGAAAAACCAGCUCAUGCUUUCCCAACUAGAAGAGGAGAGGACAGGGAGGGAGGAGGAGAGGAGAGAGAUCCACCAGUACAAGGAGGAGAAGGAGGUGUUGAAUAGGGAAUUGCAGGAGCUAAGGAGGAGACUGGAGGAGGAGAGGGAGAGAAGGAACGAGAGGGAGGAUGAGCGAGAGAUCAGGGAAAGACAGGAAGAGGAGAAGAGGAGACUUGGAGAGGAGGUGCAGAGAGUCCGACAGGUGUUGGGGGAGAGAGGGAGAACGAGAGAGGAGUUGGUGUUCAAGGCUUCUAAAGACAAACUGAACCAGGCAAAGGCCAGUGUGGAGGAGGGGGAGAGAGAGGAGUGCCUUCUAGACCUGUCCCUCCCCACUGAUGGCACCCCGCUGUUGGAGCGCUACCUCCCCUCGGCCCUCCCCUCACACACACACUUGUCCUGGGCCAAUGAAACUCUGGAGGAGUGCAGCUUUCUGGAAGGGCACAGCCUGCUGGACAACUCUGGCAACUACAGGUUUGAGCUGGACAGUGACAUCAUCAGCGGUGGUGACCAAUCCCAGCUGUCCUUUUCGCAGGAAGAACAGACUCACUUUUCUGUCCCACAAUCCACUGCACAGUCCCACCACCCUGACCCUGAGAACGAAACCUUGCCCACUUUCGCCUCCCAGUGGCAGAACGACCCCCUCUCUGUGUCACGAGACGCCAGCGAGACCUCUGAGAGGCUCAGAGCCUCAGAGAGUCAGGAGGUCUCAGACCUGGGCAAGGAGCUGCUCAUCCAGCAGUGUGGAGACCUCAGGGAGGAGGUGGCUCUGAGGGAGAGGGAGAAGGAGGUGGUGAUGGAGGAGUUGAGGAGGAGCGCUGAGGAGCUGGAGGAGGCCAGGGCCAGGUGGGCCCAGGUCUCUGAGGAGCUGCAGGAGGCGCACUGGGACCUUGAGGAGGAGCGAGAGAAGAGGAGGAGAGCUGAGGAGGAGGUCAGCCUGAAAACACACGAGGAGGACAAUCUGAAGAACAGACUCUGCACUCUGACUCUGCACCUGGAGGAGAGAGAGAAAGAGAUGGAGAGACUCAACUCCUCUCCUCUCCUAGAGAAGGAGGGAGGUACCCUCCUCCCCAGCCAGGAACGAGUGAUGGAACAGCUAAAAGCGGAGAAAUCUCUCCUCCUCGCUCGUCUAAAACAGCAGGAGGAGCUGCUCACCUCUGUCCGGUUGGAGAAAGCAAGCAACAAGGAGAAAGAUGAGGUGGAGGAGGAGGAGAAGAAGAGUGUCCUCUCCAGGUUGAAGCAGCAGGAGCAGCUGGUCUCCUCUCUGCAGGAGGUGAAACAGGCAGGAGACUCUGUCUCCUCUGAAGUUCAUGCUCUGUUUGGAAUACGGCAACAGUCACUACAGACCCAUCGUGACCAGCUUCUAGCCCUGCUGGAAGAAACUAAAACCAGGCACAAAACCACCACCGCUCUCCUCAGUCAGAAAACCCUGGAGCUCGACACCGCUCAGAAAGAGAUGGACAGAGCCCAGAAGGAGGCGGAGACAGCGAGGCAGGAGGCGGAGGAGAGGGAGAGGAGGACAGAGCAGACGGAGAGGGAGAAAACAGAGGUAGAGUCUGAGUUGCUGUGUCUGAGACAGAAUCUGUGGAACCUGGAGGAGCUGCAGGCCCAGGGAGUGAGGGAGAGGGAGGAGGGCAGAAGGAGAGAGGAGGAGAUGGACAGAACCUCACAGAGGCUGGAGAAGGUGAUGGAGGAGUUCCAGAGACAGCUCCGAGACAAGGAGGAAGAGGUGGCGGAGGAGAGGGAGAAGUGGGAGGUGGAGAGGCAGGAGAAGGACGGGGAGGUGCAGGGGGUGAGACGCCUGCUGGAGGAGCAGCGGAGGGAGAGGGAGCAGGAGGUGAAAGCGCUCCUGGAGCAGCAGAUGCGGUCUGUGGAGGAGGCCACAGGGAGACUGAGAAGAUCUCACAGUGAGGACGUGCAGGAGCUGCAGGAGAAACACCAGGAGGAGGUGUCUGAGCUGAGCGGCCGUCUGGAGAAAGAGCUGUGUGAGCAGAGACACAGUCUGGAGGAGGAGCAGAAGAGACAGAUCAGCCUUAUCAAACAGGUGAACGAGAGAGAACACCAGAGGAUGCUGUUGGAGAUGAUGUCACAGCAGAGGGAGGAGCUUAGCCGUUUGAAGGCAGAGCUAUCAGGGGACCAGAAGGAGAGCAUGGAGACAGCCCACCAAGCAGAACUACUGCAGAUACAGAGCCAACAGGCUCUGGAGCUGGAGGCGCUACGUCUGAGCCUGACCAACCACCAAACGACCCAGCUAGAGCUCUCCCAGACCAACCUGCAGCGAGAGCGGGAGGCCUCUCUAAGCGAGCUCCAGGCUUCCCUCAGGGAGAAGUGGGCCCAGGAGAGGGCCGUGCUGCAGGCCAGACAGCAGUUAGAGGUGGAGAGGCUGAGAGCUGAGAGUGAGGAGAGGAUCCAGCGAGAGCAGCAGGAGUAUCACAGGAACAUGGAUGCUCUGAGGCAGGAGUGUGAGAGUCGUCUCUCCCAGGAGAGAGCGUCCAUGGAGGAGUGGCAGGCUGCAGAAAUAGUGGCCUUGAGGUCCCGGUGGCAGCAGGAGUCAGAGAAGGCCCAGUCAGAGCUCCAGACACAGCUGUCAGAGGCUCGGCUAUCACUCUCCUCUACCCAGGCAGCCUUCACCCAGACUGGGGCAGAUCUGUCCGAGGCCCGGGCUAGCCUGGAGGAGCUUCAGAGGCUGGAGGGGGAGCUGAGCCAGGCCUGGACCGACAGGGACGCUGCUGCCCGUGCAGUAGAGGAUCUGGUGUCCAGACAUCAAGUGGUGCUGCAGGAGAGAGAGGAGCAAACACGGCAGCUACAGCAGGAGGUGUGUCGUCUGCAUGGGGAGCAAGUGACUCUGAGACAGACUUGUGACCAGGAGGUCGCUCAGCUAGACAACAUGAGGACCAACCGCCAGGAACUGGGAGAGUUGAAGGAGCAGCUGCUAGCUCGUUCGUCGCGGGGGGAUGGCAUCGAGCGUCUGCAGGCGGGGUUUAACGAGCAGAGGCGGGAGAUCAAUGAGCAGAACGAGGUCGAGCUGGAGAACCUGAGGAGGUACUUUGAGCAGCGUCUGCGAGUAGCAGAGGAGAGCUACCGGGAGGAGAUAGCCCUGCUGCAGCUGAGACUGGUGGAGGGAGCCCUGGAGGACUCUGUACUCAAGACCCAGGAUGCUAGUUUCCUGUCUGAAGGGAGAGGGGAGGAGGAGAGGAACGAUGUUCUGGCUGAGAUCACACUGAAACUGGAGAAACACCAGGAGGUGUUUGACCAGCUGCGUGUCCAGUUGGAGGAGAGACACACUAAGGAACUGUCUAACCUACGGUCCUCUCUGGCCCUGUCCUACAGAGAGGAGCUGCUACAGGUGCGUUUGGACCUGUCUGAUCGUUACUAUGGCGACCUGCAGGAGCUGAAGACUCGCCACGCCCUCGAGAUGGAACAACUCCGCACUAAACUGUCAGACAGCCAUGUCAGAGAGCUGACGAGAGUGCGUCUGGAGGCUGCCAGACAGGUGGAGGUGGAGGUGGAGCAUAGGAUGUGGUGUCACUCUGAGGAGCUGCAGACCAGAACGACCAUGAUCCAGAACCUGGAGACACAAUUGGCUGCCGUGGCAGACACACACAACAUGGGGCUACGCUCACGCACUAUGAAGCUGAAGCAGAGCUUUGCUGAGGAGCUGGGUGUGAAACUAGCAGAGGAACGUGUGAUGGAGGAGAUGACCCUGAGGAGAGCGGAGGAGGUGCAGAGGCUCAGACAGGAGCUCCAGGAGGAGGGGGAGGCACGGGUCUCUGCCCUGAGAGAGGAGCUGGAGAGAGGGAUGGCAGCGGAAAGGAAAGCUCUGGAGAAAGGGAUUGAGGAGGCGAGAGCAGCGCUCAGGAGUCUACAAGCCUCACUGGACAACAACCAGAACCCCCAGGUGGUGGCAGUGAGACAGAGACUAGAGGCCCAGUACGAAGCUGAGCUGACCAGGGCCAAGUCCACCGUGGCUGCUGAGGUCAAGGAGCUGACUGCUCUGCUUCAGGAGCAGGGAGACCAGAGGCUGUGCCAAGCCCAGGACAGGUUCCAGGAGGAGAGGGAGGAGUUGGAGCAGCGUCUGGCCCAGCAGGGUGAGGUUUCUCUGGGGGAGCUGAGGGAGGAACACCUGGCCACCAUGGAACUCCUGAAAACCACGCUACUGACCAACCACACGAAGGACAUGGACACACUACGAACCAAUCACAAAGUAGAACUGGAGUCCUUGUUGGCCAAUCACAAGGCUGAGCUCAAAGCAAUGGCAAUGGAGAUCGCAACAAAACACAAGGAGGAGCUUGUUGUCUUGGAAACUAGCCUUGAAUCAAAACGCAAGGCAGAGCUCGAUCGCCUGGAGGCAGUCCUACAGGAAACCAAUGAGGCUCAGCUAGAGGCACAGGAGGCAGAGUUAGAACACCGGCAUCAGGAAGAGAGGGAAGAGCUGGAGAAGAGGAUGCUGGGUAAUAUGGACACACUGGAGACCACGUACCUGAGGGAGAUCCAGACUCUACGCUAUCAGAAGUCACAGCUUGAGGCGGAGCAUAUGCGGGAAGUGGAGUGUGAUGGGUUGGAGCAGCAGUCUGUCAGGGAGGAGCUGAGGAAGAAGCUGGCUCAGCUUCACAUGGAGAAGUUUAGCGCCAUGGCAAAAGAGCUCAGCCACACCCACCAGAAUGAGUUGACAAUCCAGAGAGAGGCCUUAGAAGCUGAACACCACACGGCUCUGGAGGCCCUCAGGAAAAAGGUCUUGGAGUUGGCGCAACAGCACUGCACCGCCUUAGAGGGGCUCACACGCACCUACACCUCAGAGACACAGCAACUCAACACACAGCACCAGCAGCAGCUUCAGGAGCUAAAGAGUGCGUCUGUGAGAGAGCUACAGGCGUGUCGCCGGGAGCUGGAGGAGUCGUUGUCACGGCAACGGCUGCACUUCCUGGAGGUUGAGCUUCUGAAGGCCCAAGCAGAGGAGAGACUUCAGCACAAGAUCAGCCGACUGAAGGCGGAGUUUGAGAAGCAGAAGGAGGCGGAGCUAUCAGAACAGAGGCAGAGCUUCGGUGCUGAACACGAGCAGAAAGAACAAAGCUACACCGACAAGAUGAGCCAGCUCACUGCACAACUGCUACAGCUGGACACUGUGGUGUCACAGCUGCGAGCGGAGGUGGGUAAUCUACAGGGGGAGUUGGAGGGGAAGAGGUCAGAGAUGGAGACCCUGGAUACACUCCUCCAACGGCGAGAACGAGAGAGUCAGGAGGGAGGCAACCUCCUCAACAUGCUUACUGAGGACCUACACACUGCCAAGGAGGAGAGGCACACUCUCCAGUCAGCCAAUGAGAGACUGAGGAAGGUUCUGAUUGAGGUGGUUCUGAGCACCAUGGCAAUGGAGGAGCUAAUUGGCUGCCGGGUCAAAGCCUGUGUCGGGGUCAGAGGUCAUGAUCAGGGUGAGAGGCCAGGAGAGGAAACAACCAAUCAAGUGGCAGCAGACAUGUCGACAGGCGCUCUAGAUCUCUCUCAGCGUGUGUGUGAGAGCCUUCUACUGGCAGAGUCCCAAAAAAACUCUGGAGGAGAGGAAGCAGCCCUGGGAGAGGAAGCAGCCCUGGGAGCCUGCAGCCAACUACGCCACUCUGUGGACACACUCCUGGAGCUCCUCACACGCGCUUGCACACAGUUGGAGGAGUCUUGUUCUGUCCAUCUGUCUCUGGAGGAGAGAUUUUCCCAGGGCCGUUCAGACUCCUCCCAGAUGCUGCUCCAACACCAGCUCGUGCUGGAUCAGCUGGACCAGGAAGUGGGACUCAAGAGCAAGCUCCAGCUGGAGCUCCACAAGGCCGAAGGUCUGUUGGAGGGCUAUGUGGCUGAGAAGGCAACUCUGGAAGGAUCUCUACAACAAAAGGAGGCUCAGGAAGAACGGCUUGUAGAUGAGCUGGAGGGCCUCCGGGCGCAGCUGCACCAGAUGGAUGGCCUCACGGUGGAGCUGGAGGGCCUCAGGGUGCAGCUGCAUCAGAAGGAAGGCCUCACCUCUGAGCUAGAGGACCUCAGGGUGCAGUUGCAGGAGCUAAGCGAGGAGCACAGUCUCCUCCAGCGCCAGAAGGUCCAUCUCACCGCCGGACUGGGAGAGAGAGAAAAGGGGUCCUGUCCAGAGUAUAGAGGGGGACACGCGUUUGUUGCUCAGUUUCCUGUCUGUGUUUGUGCGUCUAAAGGCCUCCUCGUUGAGGCAGAUCGUCUGGCCCAGGAGAGGCUGUGUGUGCAGCGGCAGGCAGAGAAAGACCGCAGCUCACUGUCUCUGCGCCUCAGGGCUCUGGAGACCGAGCUAGAGGAACAGGAGAACCAGGGCCUCACGGCGGAGCAGCAGCACAGGGCUCAAUCAGAGGACCUCCAGCAGCGUGUCCAGGCCCUCGAGAAACAGCUCAAACACAACAGGCAGUUUAUAGACGAGCAGGCAGUGGAGCGGGAGCAUGAGAGAGAUGAGUUCCAACAGGAGAUCAGAAGUCUGGAGGCUCAGCUCAGACAGCCAGCCAGACACACUGCCGGGGCCAGCAAGGGCCAGCGGAUUGAGGACUUGGUUCUGCAGGUGGAGAGCCUUCAAGCCCUCAUCAGGGACAAGACAGAAGACCACACCUCCCUGCUGGCAGCCAAUCAACAGGUCCAGCUCGAGGUUGCUGAGCGCAAUGAGGAGAUUGACAAGCUGGCUGGGCGAAUUCGGGAGCUGGAACAGGCGUUGCUAAGCAGCUCCGAGAGCAGCAGAGCUGUCAGUCGACUGGAGCAGGAGCUGCGCAGAACUCGGCAGAGAGAAGAGGAGCUCACACAGGAUAAGGAGUCAUUGCAGCAGCAGCAGUUGUCAAAUCGUCUCCAGAUUUCAGCGCUGCAGUCUAAACUGGACGAGACCAACAAUGCUAGCACCCCCAACCCCAUCCAGCUUCUCCGAGACGCGUUGGACACCGCACAGCAAGACCUGCAGAACAAGGAGCAACAGGUGUGUGUGUUGGUUGGUCAAAUGGAGGAGACUCAGAGAGACCUGACCAUAAAAGAGGCGGAGUUAAAACAUCUCACUCUCCAGCUGGAGCUCCUGACCAAUCAGAACACGGAUACCAUCACCCAGCUUCACGACCAAGUCGCUUCUCUCAAAGAGACAGUUUCAGCCCUUACCUUUCGCCUGGAGGAGAGAGAGAUUGGAGAGGAGGAGAGUCUCCCAUCUGCUCUGUUAGAGGAGAAGAAUGACGAGAUAGACCACCUGACCCAGGAGAUACACAAGCUAGAACUGGAGCUGGAGACAGCCAGGGACAUCACGGCCUUCCAGACAGAACUUGAAGACCUCCGCUCCCAGGUGGAGCACCUCCGCUGUGACAUCAUCAGGGUGCGUCAGGACAAGCAGGAAGAGGAGGAGCGGUUUCAUGAGGUCAUCAGCACGCUACAGGCGGAGCUAAACACCCUUGGCCCCGCCUACCACGAGGUCAGCGGCCUAUCACAAGAGGGCGACAGUGUUAACCCUUCAUCUGCUCCCAGCCCGGAACCUGCCAACUACCCCCAACCAGAGAGAGGAGGAGGAGAGGGCGACAGUCUUAAGCAGGAGAUGAGUCUCCUCCACUCCUCAUCUUCUCGUUCUCGUGUGGAGGCCAUGCAGGGGCAGCUGGAGGUGACUGUGGGAGAGAAGGAGGCGAUGGAGAGACUGCUGCUCUCUCAGGAGGAAGAGUACAGAGGACAGGGGGAGGAGAUGGGGAAGAGGCUCAGGGAAGAGAGGGAGAGGGGGGAAGAGGUAAAGAGAGAACUCCAUCUAAAAGAGGCUGAGCUUGAAGAGGUGAGAGCCAGGAAAGAAGGGCUGGAGGAGGAGAGGGAUGCAGCUGUGGAGGAGAGCGGUCACUGGCAGGCUCUUGCCCAGGAGACGAACUCCCUGCGAGGGGAGAAAACUCGGCUAGACUCCCUGGUCCUGGAGCUAAAAUCAAGGGUUGAAGAGCGGGAGAAAGAGACAGAAGCCCUUCUACAGACCUUGGUGGCUGUCGAGACAGCGAAGGCUGAACUUUCGUCAGAACGCGAGGCCCUGCGGAAGAAGGAGUGCAGACUCCAAGAGGAAAUAGAACGCCUCCAGCAGGAAGUGACCUCUCAGAGGGCCUGCCUCCAGGAAGUCAGCCGUCAACUAGAGGAGAGGCGAGCCAACCAGGAGGAGGCUCAGAAGGAAGUGCUGACAUGUGCUGAGGAAACUCUGGCGAAGGCUGACGCUGCCCUGAGACAGAGGGAGGAGGAGCUACAGAGACUAGGGGCGGAGCAUCAAGCCCUGGAGGCAGAGUUAGCAGCUGUGAAGGAGGGUCUUUGCUCCAGCACAGAGAGAGCUGAGAAACUACUGGAGGAGGGACAGACCAAGGACCGGGCCCUGGUUGACCUGGAAACCAAUAACCACGAUCUGAAAGCGGAACUCCGGGGCCUACAGGAAGACCUGGCCGUGCAGGAAGAGGAGCUGGCCUAUCAGCAACGAGAACUGCUGCAGCUCAGACAGACCUGCAACCCGCACAGCAGACAGACACACUCAUUGAAGGACGUCACACCCAGAGGAUUCCAGGACGGUGUGUCUCCCAACGAGUCCCUGAGUUCUCCCGAGGUUCUCCGUCGACUGGACUGUUCUGAUGAGAGAACCAGAGAGGACAGGUUCCACCCCUCUGUUCUCCACGGUUCUAGACUGUCUGACCUCAGUGCUUUAAACAGCACAGGCCUGGGGCUCCAGGCUAAAGCCUCCCCCCGGGUAAGGAAAGACCAGUCCUGCCCAGGGACAAUCAGCCCAGAGCUGGGCACACACAGCACCCACUCCCCUGGGUCCAUCUCUGCCUCGGACAACCUCUCCAUGUUGGACUCAAUGGACGCUGACAAGGUGCAUGAGCUGGAAGCCCUGGACCUGACGGCCCCUCCCUCAUCUCUUGGCUCCGCCUCUCCUCUGUCUGCAACAGCGUGGGCCAGUGAUGGAUAUGGCAGCAAUGUCAGUUCAGAGCUCGGUGUAAGACUCAAGGUAGAGUUGGAGCAGACAGAGAGGCUGGACGCACAGUUCUUGGAGUACCUGCGUUGUCGAGGCAUGAACCCCGCAACCAACACACACACAGGCAGCGCCGCCGGGAGUAUGAGCUACAACGACGAGCUGUUGUCUCCUGAACUACAAGGUCUGUUGAAGAGAGUGUACCAGGAGAGCUGCAGGGUUCUCGCCCUCUCCCAGCGUAACGCCCCCUCUAACCACCUCUCAUUGGACCAGACGAUCUAUCAGUUAGACUCUAAAGCUCCUCCAAUGUGUUGGGAGCAGGAGAAGAGGGCGUUACAGGAAACUGUCAUCGCUCUGAGAGAACUGCUCUGUCGGAUGGCACAAAGACCGGAGAACUCGGUGGAUGCUGGUUGGAGCAGAGGGCUGCAGGCUGCAGUAAGGGGUGUGUUUGACUGUGAGAGGGCAGGGCUUCGCUCUGAGCUGCAGGCCUUUCUCUCCUCCCACCCUGAGAUAGACUCCAUCCACCUCCUCCGUCAGCUGGAAACACUGCUACAGAGACAGGAGCAGCAGCAGGGUCUGCAGCUGCAGCACUCCCAGGGGGAGGAGUCAUCUAAAGGGGAGGUGUUAUCCAGGCUGAGGGUGGAACUAGAGGAGAGCAGAGAGCGACUUAACUCCUCCCACAGCACCCAGCAGGAACUACAAAACGAGAUCUGCAAACUCAGGCUGUGUAUAGAGGACUGUGAGGAGGCUGUAAGGAGGGAGGAGACCAGAGUCCAGGAGCUACAGCAGGAGCUGGACCAGGAGAGAACUCUCACAAACCUCCGGGAGAAGGAAGAGGAGCAGCAGAGAUCAGAGGUCGUGUCCCUGAGGGGUCUGCUGGACCAGGAGAGGACGACCUCUAGUAACCUCCGACAGGAACUCCAGAUAGAACUCUCCCGCGGCCACCUCCUCCAAUCACAGCUCGACACACGGCUAGCCGAUGCCCACAAGGAGCUGGAGGAGGAGUGUGCCCGUUCCGCCCGGCAACUCGACACUUUCCAGUCACAGGAAAAGAGUCGGCUGGAACACUUCCUGAAAGAGGCUGAGUCCCACCUAGCCGACGCCCACAUGAAGAAACUGGAGGAGGAAUGCAAGCGGUCUGCCCGGCGUCUCGAUGACAUCACACGCAGACAAGAAGCGGACGCGUCCCGAGACAGGAAGUUCAUCUCGGAGCUCCGCUCUCAACUGGAGCAGGAGAGGAGGCAGGGGGAGGAGCUAGCCACCGUGACAGAUGGACUGAGGGCGGAACUUCUGCAGAACCGGAGGAGAGUAGAGGAGGAAGAGAGGAAGAGGAGAGAGGAGGCACAGAGAGAUCAGGAUGCUGCAGCCCGCCUCCGAGUUACUAUGAAGACACUCAAGGAGCAGAAGCAGGAGGCUAGUCGAGCAUUGGAGACUGAGAGAGAGCGUUCUGGUCGCUUAGGGGCGGAGCGCAAUGUGCUGAGGGAGAGGCUUCGAUCGGUCAAUGACGAGGAGCGGGAGGAACAGAGGGAGAGGAAGGAGAGACAGGAGCAGACAGUGAGAGAGAGGCGACACGAGAGAACCAGCAACAAACUGCAGUGUGAAUUGGAGUUAUUGCGGCAGCAGGACCAGCAGAGGAUGAGACAUCUCCAGCAGACUCUGGCUGAGCUAGAGAGGGAGGAGAGAGAGAUGGCCACAGAGAGACUGUCCAACCGACACCAGUACAACUCCAGCCCACUCCAACCCAAGAAUAACACCUCGACUGGACCAGACCAGACCAGCACAGCCCUAUACAAUCACCAGUCUUCGUCUUCUUCCUCGGUGCUGGGGGAGAGGUUGUUGAGGGAGAACUCUGACCUGUCGGCCCGCGUGAAAGAGCUAAGUCAGGAGACGGUUAACCUGAAACACACCCUGUCCUGUCUGGAACGACAGCUACAACAGGCAGAGACUGAGAACCGGCCCAGCACUGACCUCAGCAACAGCAAGCGACUGUAUGAGCGCUAUCUACGGGCUGAGAGCUUUAGGAAAUCUCUGGUCUACCAGAAGCGCUACCUUCUGCUCCUGCUGGGGGGCUUUCAGGACUGUGAACAGGCAACUCUCUGUCUUAUCGCUCGGAUGGGGGCGCACCCCUCACCCCCCCACGCCCACACACACUCUCCCCUCUCACGCUUCAGAGCUGCAGUACGAGCUUUCAUCGCCAUCUCACGACUGAAGUUCCUGACCAGGAAGUGGCAGAGAGUCAUCAGGAGAGGAGUUACAACAACUGUCACUGUCAACGGACACAGCACAGCUUCCAGGACAGAGGUUUUGAGGCAGCAGCAGCCACUGGCCAAUCACAACUCCUCUCCACCUACUAGAGACAGCAGCCCCACCCGUAAGGGUGUGGUUUCACCAAUGAAAUCACCCUUCAGGCUGCAAAACCGAGUGUAUUCCAACCCGGUCCUGUCCUCUGAGUGUGCUCCGUCCAGUGUUCUGUCCCAGGAUGCCGAGCAGUCUCUGACAGACUACAUCCACCACCUGGAGAACGUACAGCAACUCCUGGGGGCUGCACGUCCAGACUCUCCAUCUCUUCUCUCCUACCACAAGAAGUCUGACUGCUGAAGGAAGGAAUGAAGCAAUGUAUGAAUGCCUCCUUUCAAUGCAACAUAUUUAUGAUCCAUCUGUGUUCAAAUAUACAAGGGAAUUGUAUUUGUCUAAUAUCUGAUUUAGAAAGUUAAGACACUUUUUUUUUUUUUUUAAGACAAAUGUAUUUUUUUACGAUGACUUUUUUCCACAGAUAUUUCUGUCGGCCUCCGAGUAAAUCCUAAGCGGUCUUCUCACCCGAAUGCAUGUGUUUUUGAAAGUAUUAGAUCGAUAUUUUUCUACCCGACCUUUAUUCAAGUUUGUAUCUCUGAUUCUGUAUAUAUGUUCGCUGUUAAUAUUUCAUGUGGAUAAAUGUGUUAAGUUUCAGACUGGAAUUCUGAGCUAGAUCAAAGCUGGUGAACAUGUUUUGUCAAUGAUUUUAAUUACAUUUUAUAUAGAUCACCAUUUCUACAAAAUCAAUAAAUAUUUGAAUUGUGUGAUUACCUGC